AUGUGCGCAGGUGGUCGAAUGUCAUAUCCAUUUGAUGACAAAAAGAUUUUGGAGCGAGUCCCGGUUGGUCUACCAUUUUCGUUAAGUGAUUUAAAGAAAGCGAUCCCUGCCCAUUGCUUCAAACGAUCUGUCAUACGUUCAUCUUACUAUGUUGUUCACGACCUCAUUGUUGCCUACGUUUUCUACUUCCUUGCAAAUACAUAUAUUUCUUUUCUUUCUACUCCUCUAGCUUACUUAGCUUGGCCAGUUUACUGGUUCUGUCAAGCUAGCAUCCUCACUGGAUUAUGGGUCAUCGGUCAUGAAUGCGGUCACCAUGCCUUUAGCGAAUACCAAUGGAUUGAUGACACUAUCGGCUUUAUCCUCCACUCAACUCUCAUGACACCCUAUUUUUCAUGGAAAUAUAGCCAUCGAAAUCACCAUGCCAACACAAAUUCACUUGAUAAUGAUAAAGUUUACAUUCCUAAACGGAAGUCGAAAGUCAGGUGGUUUGCCAACCACUUUGAUCCCAUGAAUCCAAUUUUCACCGAGCAUGAGCGAAUUCAGGUUCUGCUAUCAGAUAUUGGCCUUCUUGCCGUCUUUUAUGCAAUCAAGCUUGCUGUAACAUAUAUGGAGUUCCGGUGCUAG